CAAGAUUUAUCAUUUGCAAAAUGGGAAACUGUGCAGUUGUUUUUGGCUUUUGGUUUGGCAAGGUUUUACGCUUGCACAUCAUUACAGAAAUGACAGAAUAGAUGACAUGGCAUCCUUUUAUUCACAGUAGCAAUAUACUUAGUUUACGUGCACAAUCAUUUCUUCACUAUGGUUUCUUUAUUUCUUCUGAUUAUCUUCAUCGAGUACAAAACUGCUGAAGGCUUGGUUAACCCUGCUCCUAUCGUAUUCGGGGAUAUAGGGCAAAAUGUGACCAUCCACAGCCGUAUCAAAGAAAUAUCGAGCUAUUACACGUACAUUAGCUGGUACCGUCUGAGACCGAGUGGAAAGGUAGAGCACCUCGCUUACUUCAGCUCAGUCACCGCGAAGUUCGGCCGUUACAGCGGAGAGCUUCCCAAAGGCUCUGAUACGGUGUAUCUAAACUUCUCGAGCGCCACAUUCGCCGACUCCGGACGCUACUUCUCCGUGGCGGGCACUGCUCUCAGUUUAACACCUGGCUCCUCCUCAGUUUUAGCCAUAACAGAUCCCAAGAGCCUCCCUGUAAUGCGCGUGUUCCUCAAUCGCACAGGGGCCGUUGUUUGUGAAUUGAAAGGCGGGGAUCCAACCUGGAGUGAUCCACAGUGGGAAACAGAUGAUGCCAAAGACGGGCCGACGUCGCAGGCUGAAACUUUUAUAGACGCGCAGGGCGCAUUCAUACGGUCCUCCAUCCUCUCUUUGAAAAACGGGAUCCGUGCUUUGAACUGUGUCUGUAGGCACAGUACUGGAGUCAUUAUUCGAAUCCGGGUCAUGCAAGACAAUAAUGCUUUUUCAGUGCAAGGAUCAGUGCCAACUUCAGGCAGGGAUCAGUGCCAGCUGCUGCUGUACCUGUCUCCCCUGGCUGUGGUGCUGCUGCUGGUGACUGUGACAGCCAGUGGGCUGUGGGCCUGGAGACGGAGGAAGUAGAGCCCUAUAGCACAGGGAAUGGACAGCACUGACAGGAUCUAAAUGAGUGGCAUAUGUUAGGAAGCUGGAUUUGAAACUCAGGGGUUGUAGGUUUCAUUCCGCAAUGGGACUCUACCACUGUACUUUGGCACAAUAUGCCUGCACUUUUUCAGUACACAUUCAGCUGUAAAAAUGGAUUGAGUGUUCACAGAAAGUCAUUUCAUCUGACAAGAGCAUCUGUUGACUGCAUAAAAUGCAAUGGGGCUUGAAGGAGUUUUAUUUAUUCAUGUAUUUUUGAACUUGUGUUUUUACAAGCAACUUAUUUGUGUAUGGUGAAGAGUCAUGACAUCAUAGUUUGCAGAUUACAUUUUUUUUGUUCCAUGUUUUGGCCCUCUAAACUUGUACUUGAAUGUUUAGAGGAUAAUGCUCUCCAGUUUCAUUAUGUUCUUUACUAACCACUAGAGAUAUAUUUUUAUUUAUAUGUGGGUACCCCACUGUUAUUGGUAGAAGAUCAAAUCUUUCUGUCCAAUGAGUUUUACACUCUGAUAUUACAUAGGAUUAAGUUUGAAUGAUUUGAUUCAAUUGUUUUAUUGGCCUACUUUUCUGUUAAAUGUAUAUGUUGUACAAUUGUGUUGUACAUUAUAUUUUACUUGUGACAAACUUAUUGCAACUGAAUUAAAUAAAAAGCUUGACUGGAGGAGAUCAUAA